AUGGAGAAGGCCAGAAAGCGUCCCAGGGAGCCCAGUGGCGACUCCACGCGUGCGAGCCACAGGCAGCCCUCGGCGGCCCCCGCGGGCCCGGAGUCCAGCGACACCGACGCCCUCCGGGGCCAGCGACCCCAGGAAGCGAAGCAAGCCUCGGAACCCCAGGGCCCAGGCCAAGGCCGAGGCCCCAGCACACGUGCUCAAGACGACGUCUCCGACCUCCAGGCAGGUGCUAGCAGAGAUCGCCAGUCUUCUGCGCCCGCAGCCCUCAAGCCCAGGCGCAAGGGACCCGCUGCCAAGGAGCACAAGGACAAGGAGAGCGUGCCCGAAGGGGACCCCGAGGGGGAGGCCCUGAAGAUGCGGCUCCUGCUGUCGAAUUUCUCCCAGGAGCAGCUGACCCGCUAUGAGGUGUACCGCCGCUCCGCCUUCCCCAGGGCGGCCGUGAAGCGGGUGAUCCAGAGCGCCGCGGGCGGCGCCCCCGUGGAACAGAACGCGCUCAUCGCCAUGGCCGGCAUGGCCAAGGUCUUUGUUGGCGAGGUGGUGGAAGAGGCCCUGGACGUGUGCCACAGCUGGGGGGAGAAGCCCCCCCUGCAGCCCAAGCAUCUCAGGGAAGCCGUGCGCAGGCUGAGCGCCAAGGGCAAGGUGCCCCGGGUCCGGCCCAGAAGCGCCUUGCUCCCCUAG